ACAGAGGGCGUGGCGUAUGCAAAUGAGUCCCUUUCAGUGAAUAGACUCUCCUCCUCUUCUAGAGCUACUGUGGAACAUCCAGAGACAGAGCGGGGGACCAAAACAACGGGACAAAGUGCACCGCAGCCACGCAUCCAGCAGCUCCAGACCAGCGCCCGAAACGCACCAGACCCGAACCAGGACCCCGCCAAACCCGGACAGCGUGAACAUGGCCUCGAAGUGCCCCAAGUGCGAGAAGACCGUGUAUUUUGCUGAGAAAGUGUCCUCUCUGGGGAAGGAUUGGCACAAACUGUGUUUAAAAUGUGACCGCUGUAACAAGCUCCUAAAUGCCGGAGGUCACGCAGAGCACGAUGGACGGCCGUACUGCCACAAACCGUGCUACGCUGCCCUCUUUGGACCAAAAGGAGUGAACAUUGGGGGAGCGGGCUCGUACAUUUACGAGUCUCCAGUGAAUAACUCCAGUGUGGACUCUGCUCCAAAGACGGAGGAGAAGAAGGUGUUUGCCCCGAGAGCGCCAUCUAAAGCUGGCAGCAUCACCACUUUCUCUGGAGAGGCCAAUCUUUGUCCCAAGUGCAACAAGAAGGUCUAUUUUGCGGAGAAGGUGACGUCUCUGGGUAAAGACUGGCACCGACCGUGUCUCAGAUGUGAACGCUGCGGCAAAACUCUGGCCCCAGGAAGCCACGCAGAGCACGAUGGAAUGCCCUACUGCCACAAACCCUGCUACGCUGUUCUGUUUGGGCCCAAAGGCGUGAACACUGGUGGCGUGGGCAGCUACAUCUAUGAGAAGGAGCCCAGUGCAGUGACCGAACCCUGAGAAUUCAACCCUCAACCUCUCCUCCUCUCCUCCCUCUCUCCUCCUCUCCACUCAGACAUGUCUCUACUCCUUUAGUGCAUAAGAUCCAACUUCCUAUCUCCCCCAAAAAACACAAAAAUACAUUGAUUAUAAACAAAAUAUGAAAUGAUGUGACUUCUACCAUGAAUGCCAUGUUUACACUCUGUAUAUUAAACACUAUGGGUAUUAAAACUAGUAACGUCAGCAGUGUUCAGUGCUUAAAAGGUUUCAUUUGACUUUGGGGGAGAUUUCAAACUUGUACAUUUGGUCUGGCUCACAUCUCGCUUGAAGCUAUGCAGUUGUGCCCUGAAGCAAGACAUUUCUCUGACUCGUAAUGGCAAGAAAACAUGCAAAGUGUGGAAAUGGUUCAUUCUGAAUACAAGUUUCUGUUGCUCAAGAAUAGCUUGAAAAACCUGUAUUCUUAUUAUGUGUGGGGUCGCCUCUCCACAGAGCUGGCCUGAAACUUGUCCAAGUGGUUUCACCUGCUUGUCUCGAUGAAAAUAGACAGGUUUAAUGCCAUUCUGUAUAAUAUUCUAAGCAGAGCAGUAACAUUUCUAUGGAGACAAACAGGUGCUGGUACCAUCCAUCAGAAAAAUUACCCAAUGUAGCUUUAAUUAUUAGAUUUCAAAGCUGUGAUUUUUGCCUAAGCUGUCGUUUCAAGCUUAAUUUUUGUUUGAAAAAAUUGAAAUUCUACAUGAAAGUGGAUAUAAAACUAUUUUAAAAGAUUCUUGGGACUGUUCCUUAAAGUACACUAUUCAUAGACAUAUUAAUUACACUAUUCAUAUUCAUUCAGGUCUAAACCAGGUUUAAACCAGGGAUAAAACCAGGGCUAAACCAUGACUAAACCAGGUCUGAAUCAGCUCUAAACCAGGGCUAAACCAGGACUAUACCAGGUAUAAACCAGGGCUAAACCAGGUCUGAAACAGCUCUAAACCAGGUAUAAACCAGGUCUAAACCAGGUCUAAACCAGGUCUAAACCAGGACUAAACCAGGUCUGAAUCAGCUCUAAAUCAGGUCUAAACCAGGUCUAAACCAGGUCCAAAUCAGGACUAAACCAGGUCUAAACCAGGAGUAAACCAGCUCUAAACCAGGUCUUGAUCCGGACUAAACCAUCUCUAUAAUGGGACUAAAGUAGGACUGAACCAUGACUAAACAAGGUCUGAGCUAGAACUAAAAAACAUGCAGUACAUCUUAUCUCAACUUUCUCCCCCAAAGCCAAACAAUGUGAGGUGAAAUGCAUUGUGGGUAGUGUAGUUUGACACAUAGACCCUGAGAGGCAGCUGCGGAUCACAGGUGGCCAGCAGAAACCCUAUAAAUCCUCAUUUUGACACGUUUUUGUUCACAUUUUUGGCCCCAAUUGACAUUCCUGUUCUGAAACUUAUAUGGAAGUUUGAACAAUUCCAACACAUCCAUAAUGUUAUAUCCAGACGCUCUUUAAGCAUGUGUUUCUCUAACUGUACUUUUGCUAAAACUAAAAAAUUUACCAGAGCAAUGCCAACAAUUUACAGAGCUGUGCAAAGGUUGUAGUGUUGUUUUUUUUUUGGAUUUUAUAUUGUGUUGGUUUAAAAUAAGAGCUAAAAAAUACAAGACAAGUGUAACAAAAAACAAGAAUGAAACCAGGACUAGUUUAGGACCAUAGACAUGUUUAUAUAAAUUGAUAUAGUUAACCUGCUAGCCACCGCGUUCCAAAUAAGAAGUGAUCACGGGCACACUUUCAGCUCCAUUGGCCCCAAUUCACUUUACAUUGAAAAACUGUGUCCUCUCUGUCUGUAACUGAGCUGUCAGACUCGUCAUUUUGGUCUUAAAUGUUCGUAUUAACACGCUAUACGUGAUCCUGGGGUGUAUAUUUCACUAUUGUGUCUGUAAAUCUAGAUAUGAACAUUAAUAACAGACAAAUCAGGCACCUUCUUUCCCCAAGGUUGCUCCUGUUGCUAGCGUUAGCAACAGAUUUGAUUAACAGCAUUGCUAAACCAGCGGUAUGGGCGGGAAGGGGUGUUACCUUCAAGAGCCUUGCUCCAGAUUGGCUCUUUGGUUGUUAUGAUACUCGUGUUUCGAUUUCCAAAUAUGGAACUCUGCUCCACAUUGGCCUCAUAACUGCUCUAGCCUCGAUGAGCUUCAUUUGACUGGAUGUCACACUCACUCAGUCCACUUCUUUAUACAAACUGUAUUUAUAACUAAACCUGGACUACAACAGGUCUAAUCUUGGACUAAAUAAUAACUAUACUAAGAGAAGACCAAGAUCUGAAUUCGUAAAAUGCAUUGAGAAAAUGAGGGAGUAAGAUCUGAACUGAACCAGGGAUGAACUAAAUCAUGUCUAAGACAGAACUAGUCUAGUCUUAUUAUUAAUACAGAUAUAACCAAGGAAUAAACCAGGUUUAAUCUAAUGACUAAACCAGGUCAAUCCAUUUUCUUCCAUUCAUCCACCGCCGGGUCGCGGGGGCAGCAGUCUAAGCAGGGACUCCCAGACUUGCUUCACCCCAGACACGUCCUCCAGCUCCUCCGGCGGGACCCCAAGGCGUUCCCAGGCCAGCUGAGAGACAUAGUCCCUCCAGCGUGUCCUGGGUCUUCCCCAGGGCCUCCUUCCAGUGGGACAUGCCCAGAACACCUCCCUAGGGAGGCGUCCAGGAGGCAUCCUGAACAGAUGCCUGAGCCACCUCAACUGACUCCCCUCGACAUGAAGGAGCAGCAGCUCUACUCCAAGCUCCUCCUGUGUGACCAAGCUCCUCACCCUAUCUCUAAUGACUAAACCAGGUAAAAAAAAAAAAAAAAAAAAAAAAAAAAAACAAAUCCACAAAAUGCAUUUCUACAGAAAAAGGUGGAGUAUGAUAAGAACUGACCCAGGACAAAAGCUGGACUAUACUAGGUCUAACCCAGACCAUUUGUGAUUUAAACCAAGACUAAACACUGUAAAAUGAAUUUCUGUAGAAAAUGGAGAGUAAGUCAGAACCAGGACUUAAGCUGAACAAGCUAUACCAAGUCUGGUCUCUGUUAUAAAUCUUUAAAGAAACCUGGAAUAAACAAAGACUAAACCAAUGUAAUGAUGAGCAGAACUAAACCAGCUGAACCAGGUCUAAACCAGGUCUAAGCCAGGUCUAAACCAGGUCUAAACCAGGUCUAAACCAGGUCUAAACCAGGUCUAAACCAGGUCUACACCAGGUCUAAACCAGAUGCUUAGAUGCUAAAAUAAUUGAAACACUUGUAAAACCCUCUUUAAACCUUUUGCACAGCUCUGCAUUAAAACGUUCUGUUGUUUUGUUUUUAUUGUGACUUUAACACUAGAUUCACGAGCUGUAUAAAUCUCUCCAAAAAAAGAAAAGAUUUUUAUGACUAUUUUUUAAAAGAGUAACCUGCUGUUUUUCCUAUAGAGAUAAUGUUGCUAUUGAAGUAUAUAUAUAUAUUUUUUGUCGUUAGCUUAGCGUUAGCACAGUAGUGUUGGUCAAAUGUGCUGAGUUUUUGUACAAUGUGGGGCUUUUUAGAUGCCCUGCUGCUCCUGUCUGUAACUCCCUCAAUAAAUAACUCGGAAUUC